AUGUCGCCCCUGAGCACGUGUGGCAACGAGAUUGGGGCACCCCGAGCCACAGAGACUUUGAGUGUUUGCUCCAAGUACGGUCAAGGUAUUUCGCCAUCGACUAAAAAGUCCCGUGCGCCGCAAAGACAAAUGAUGCAAGAAAGAUAUAAACAGACACCACAAAGCAACGCAGCGUUAGGCGGAAGCCAUAUACAUGACAUGGUGACCAGAGGUGAGGAGAGAUAG